AAAAAGAGUAUUAAGUACAAUCGAUUAACUUCCUGGACCGCUGCCUUCCAUAGGGGUAGUGCCAAGCAGCAAGCCCUAGCGAGAGUGAGGAACCUCGAGUAGGUCUGCAGUAGUUCCGAUCAGAGCCAUUGUCCGUAGAGAUGGAUAUGGAAAUGCCUCAAAACGAUUUCGAUCGACUUAUGUUAUUCGAGCAUGCUCGAAAGACAGCGGAGGCGAACUAUGUUAAGAACCCGUUCGAUGCAGAUAACCUCACGAGAUGGGGAGGAGCGCUUCUUGAAUUGUCACAGUUCCAAAGUGUUACUGAGUCGAAGAAGAUGAUAAAUGACGCGAUUUCAAAGCUGGAGGAGGCACUGUUAGUCAAUCCAAAGAAGCACGACACCCUCUGGUGCUUAGGAAAUGCACACACUUCCAAUGCUUUUCUGAAUCCGGAUCAUGAAUUUGCAAAGAUUUCAUUUGAUAAGGCGUCUCAGUAUUUCCAGCAAGCAGUAGAUGAAGAUCCUGGGAACGAGCUUUACCUUAAGUCUUUAGAAGUGACUGCGAAGGCCCCAGAAUUACAUAUGGAGAUCCAUAAGCACGGGCUUGUUCAGCAGUCUAUGGGGGGAGGAUCUUCGACUUCUUCAAAUGUGAAGGGAUCAAAGAAGAAGAAAAGCAACGACCUUAAGUAUGACAUAUUCGGAUGGAUAAUCCUCGCUGUUGGCAUUGUCGCAUGGGUAGGAAUGGCGAAGUCCCAUGUUCCUCCACCACCACCUCCCAGAUAAGAAAAUUAAAUAGCCUUCCUUGAGAUAAGAUGGCUUUCUAAAUUUCCUUUCGGUUGCAAGGUUUGACUUUGGCAGACUGUUCUAGUUAUGUAGAAAAUAGAGCAACACAUGAUAGGUUGGUUUUGAUCCGAGUAUUGUUAUACCGGUUUAGACUUUAGAGCUCAUUUUUUUAGUUUGAUCAAGUAUCGUCAUACCAGUUCUGAACUCGUCAACUAAGAAGAGCAACAUCUUUUGGCAUC